GCACCUUUGUGGGAAAGGGGAACUGCGUUUUGCGAAUCGCGAAGCGAGUAGUUUUGUGCGAGACACGGGUCGUCGGAUUUCCAGUAAAGCUGCCUGGCAGUUCGAUGCCAGCGGAGGACCACGCGGCAGCUCACGAUGGCAGCGUCCGACACAGAAGCGCUGUUCUCCGAAGCGGAGGAGAGGCCAGCGCGUCCCAAUGACGUCAAUGAGCUGCAGAAUGUCGACCAAGAGGGAAACUUAAUGGGACAGAUGGAGGAGUUUCUGGGCCCGCAGGCAGAGUAUGAUGAAGAGGAGGAGGAGAGGAAGUACUACAGGAGGAAAAGGCUAGGUGUCAUCAAGAAUGUUCUGGCAGCCAGUGUUGGAGGCAUGAUAGUGUACAGUGUAUACAUGGGCCUGCUGCAGAUGCAGUUGAUCCUGCACUAUGAUGUGACUUAUAGGGAGGUGAAGUACAGCAACCUGGGCCUGGAGAACAUUGACCGCAAGAUGCUGAUGGGCAUCAAUGUCACACCCAUCAUUGCCCUGCUAUACACUCCUGUCCUCAUCAGGUUUCUUGGAACCAAGUGGAUGAUGUUUCUGGCCUCCGGAAUCUAUGCACUCUUCGUCUCCACCAAUUAUUGGGAGCGGUACUACACUUUGGUCCCAUCAGCUGUGGCCAUUGGUGUAGCCAUUGUGCCGCUCUGGGCUUCUAUGGGGAACUACAUCACCAGGAUGGCGCAGCAGUACUACGAGUAUGUCAACUACAAAGAGGAGCAUGUCCAAGAGCAGAAAAAGCCGCCCAAAGGAGCAUUUCAGUCCUAUGUCAUUGUCUUUCAGUCCAUCUUCUACAUAAUCUUCCACCUGAGUUUUGUGUUUGCGGAGUUCCCCAUGCGCAUCUUCCUCCACGGGUCUCUCCACGAGUACAGCCAUGUCCUCGCCAACGUCCAGCACUGUGGUGCUCAGAUCAGCGGAGUCAUCCCGGGCUUCAACACCACCGUGCUGACCAGGCUGCCGCGCUCCAUGCUGCUCAUCAAGGUCGAGAGUGUCCUCAUGGGCUUUGCCUUCCUGUCCAUGCUCAUUUUCUUGUUGUUGUGUGGUGCGGCAUACCGCCCAACAGAAGAGAUAGACCUGCGCAGUAUUGGCUGGGGUAACAUCUUCCAGCUACCGUUCAAACACCUGAGGGACUAUCGCCUGCGUCUUCUCUGCCCCUUCUUCAUCUACAGUGGCUUGGAAAUGUUCUUUGCCAUUUCUGGACUCUCCUUGUCUUACGGCGUAUGUGUGUUGGGGCUGAAGAAACUCUGGCUCUUGGUUGUCGUCUAUGGCCUCUCCUGCUCCAUCUUCUCCUCCCUCUCUCUGUCCCUCCUACGUCUUCCGCGCUGGGUGGCUCUGCUAGGAGGUGGUGCCGUGCACUUUGUGCUACUUAUAGUUCUUCUGUGUUGGUCUCCGGAACCAAGAUCUCCCCAGUUGGAGGGCCCUCUGUUGGUCCUUUCUAUUCUCUGGGGACUCGGCACGGCUCUCAACAAGACUGGACUCAGCAUUCUGCUCGGUAUGCUGUAUGAAGACAAAGAGCGUCUAGACUUCAUCUACACCAUCUAUCACUGGUGGCAGGCCAUAGCCAUUUUUAUUGUCUACCUUUGGUCAAGACUGCCCAUGAGGGCCAAACUCUCCAUCUUGCUGGGCACUUUACUCCUGGCCUGCUACUGUUAUUUGGAGAUUGAACGCCGCCUGGCUCAGAGAGUGCCCUUCAGACUGCCUCGCAUCCCACGCCCACGGCAUAAGGUCAAAGGAUACCGCUACCUGGAAGAAGACAACUCUGAUGAGUCAGGCUCGGAGAAAAGUGAGGGGGAUGAAGAGGAGGAGGGGCAUGAAGAGCAGGAAGUGGAGGAGUUCGGAGCUGAGAGGAGGGAGGACCAGGGCCAAGACUCAGGAUCGCAGGGAUCUGAUUCACCCAGAUCCAGGAUGGGAAGGGCACGGGGACGCCAGCGGAGACGGGAGGAUGCCCAUGGGGAGAUGGGAGAGGGGCAGAAGCAUAAGGGAAUGUGAGAGAGGAGGAAAAAGGGCAGGGGAUAAAUAAAGCAAGGGGCGUCACCAGGGAGAAAUAGCAAAUAGCUACUGUAUUCUUGAUAAAGAUACGGCACGGUCAAGUGGAAGUUACAUAUGAGUUACAUAAGAAGCACUUAUCUACAAUCAACAUAGUAUCCAAAAAAAUCAAACAUUUGUAUUUUUUGAUUUGUUUUCAGCAAAAAUUUUAAACAACCUUUUUCAAGCACAAAGGUUACAAUAAAUUGAAAUAUUGUGUAUGUAGCGAAUUUGGGGGGCAAAUUAUACAGUGCAUAGACAUAAACUUUUUUUUUUCCACAGCACCUCUCACAAAUGCUCCACGUACUUCACAAUGCUUCACAAAUGUUCAUCUUCCAGAUGAACAGAUUCAACUUUCUGUGAUUUCCUUGCGUGGAUUAUUGAGCAUGCAUAAAGAAAUGGUUUAGAUUAUAUUCUGAAGAUACAAAUGAUAGAAAAUUAAUUUGCCACCUUUGUGCCUCUUGACAAUUAAAGGGUGAGGAUAAUUCUG